UUCAUGUUCCAUGUGGCAGGACAGGUGUAAGUGCUUAGCCUUCAACACCAAAGUAGCUGUCCUUACAUACACGACAUAUUCGCCGCUUUGCAUGAACAACGACGUCUCUCAGCUCUCCAGCAGGUCCAAUACGUGUCAGUCACCUAAGAAACCAAUUCUACUCGUCAUCUUCACAUAAGAUGUUACUGUUAUGAGCCACGAAUAUAUAUCGGAGCAACUCUAAGACCUAAUCUAAACUAGCGAGCAAGAGUCAUAAGAGAAGUUAAAAAGAGAAAAAGUUCACCUAGUAAUCUUCUCUUCUUUGUUUAUUUUUCUGUACAACCUUUUGUUUUCAGUGAUUGAGUCAUGGCAUCCAGGCACGAGAAGGAGGAGAGGGCUGAGGCAGCAGCAUGGCAAGCAGCAUCUGAUCUCAGGGACGUUAAUAGAGAAAGAGAAUGCUAUGAAGAACGAGAAGCCAAAAUGGCCACAGAUCAACCACAACAAGAAAGACCAGGGGUUAUUGGAUCGGUGUUAAGAUCAGUUGCUGACACUUUGGGGCAUGCUAAAGAUGCUGUUGUUGGUAUGAGCUUUGAGGCUGCAGAGCAAACAACGGAAACUGCUGAUGCAGCUGAAGAGAAGGCUAGAGAGAAUAAGGAUUCUGUUGCAGAGAAGGCAAAGGGGUAUAAAAAUUGUACGACUCAGAAGGCGAAAGAGACUACAGAUUCUGCUGCAUGUAAGAUAGAUGAAACCAAGGAAUCAGCAAAGCAAAAGAUUGGGGAGUAUGAAGAUAAGGCGAAAGAGUACAAAGAUUAUGCCGCUCAGAAAGCCAAAGACACUAAGGAUUCGGUGAUGGGAAAGGUCGAUGAGUACAAAGAUUAUGCAACAGAGAAAGCUAAGGAAACAAAGAAUUCUGCUUUAGAGAAGACAGGUGAGUAUAAGGAUUACGCUGCAGAGAAGUCAAAGGAAACGAAGGAUUAUACAGCAGAGAAAGCAAAGGAAGGAAAGGAUGUUACUGUUAGUAAGCUCGGCGGGCUCACAGAGUCGGCUAAAGAUGCUGCAAGAAAAGCCGUGGACUUCUUAUCUGGUAAAAAAGAGGAAGUGAAAGAGAAAGCAGCAGAGACUACAGAGGCAACCAAGGAGAAAUUGAGUGAAACCGAGGAGGCGGCAAGGAGGAAAACGGAGGGGAUGAAGCUGAGAGGUGAAGAACAUAGAGAGGAAGCUGCCCAAAAAGAAGCUAAAGACAUUGAAGCUGAAAGAGGAACUACAACAAGAGAGACAAUCUUUGACAGUCUUGGGUUUGGGUCAAUUAAGGACAGCAUAAGAGGGAAGUUGACAACGGCAGAGGACAUUGCUGAAGAAACAAGGGCUGCACGUGAGCGCGGAGGUACCGGACGAAAGUGUUUAAAUAAAGAUACUGGGAAGGAGGAGAUGGUGAUCCCCAUUGAAGAGAAUGCCACGGGAGCUGUGGCAUCCAUCCUAAAAGCGUCCGAUCAGAUGAGUGGUCAAACUUUCAAUGAUGUUGGACGAAUGGAUGAUGAGGGAGUCAUUCGAGUGGAAAUGGAACGCACUCCAAAAUUGAGCAAAGAUCGCUGAGAGUUGAGGCAGAGAUAUAUAUUAUGCAGUAUAACAUCCAAUGUUGAUGAUCUUUCUUUCUCUGUUCUUGGAUUUGUGUAUUUAGUUUUCAGUUGGCUGAUGGGCAAUGGAUCAGAUGUGGGAACUCGGCUCUAAUGCUAUCUAAUGGAGAAGGCAUAUGUUUUUCUCU